UCUCUCCUCUCUCCUCUCUCCUCUCUCCUCUCUCCUCUCUCCUCUCUCCUCUCUCCUCUCUCCUUCCGUAACGAGUGUAAUUCCAGUAUUUCAAGUGAAGAGGCAAAGGCCAUGACAUUGAUCUCAGUGCAGUACAAUAAAGCUUUCCACGCCCACCUUCCAUUCCCCAGCCACGCCCACCUUCCAUUCCCCAGCCACGCCCACCUUCCAUUCCCCAGCCACGCCCACCUUCCAUUCCCCAGCCACGCCCACCUUCCAUUCCCCAGCCACGCCCACCUUCCAUUCCCCAGCCACGCCCACCUUUCAUCCCCUGCCACACCCACCUUUCAUCCCCAGCCACGCCCACCUUCCAUUCCCCAGCCACGCCCACCUUCCAUUCCCCAGCCACGCCCACCUUCCAUUCCCCAGCCACGCCCACCUUCCAUUCCCCAACCACGCCCACCUUCCAUUCCCCAGCCACGCCCACCUUUCAUCCCCUGCCACGCCCACCUUUCAUCCCCUGCCACGCCCACCUUCCAUUCCCCAGCCACGCCCACCUUCCAUUCCCUUGCCACGCCCACCUUCCAUUCCCCAGCCACGCCCACCUUCCAUUCCCCAGCCACGCCCACCUUCCAUUCCCCGGCCACGCCCACCUUCCAUUCCCUUGCCACGCCCACCUUCCAUUCCCCAGCCACGCCCACCUUCCAUUCCCCAGCCACGCCCAUCUUCCAUUCCCUUACCACGCCCACCUUCCAUUCCCCAGCCACGCCCACCUUUCAUCCCCUGCCACGCCCACCUUCCAUUCCCCAGCCACGCCCACCUUCCAUUCCCCAGCCACGCCCACCUUCCAUUCCCUUGCCACGCCCACCUUCCUUUCCCCAGCCACGCCCACCUUCCAUUCCCUUGCCACGCCCACCUUCCAUUCCCCAGCCACGCCCACCUUUCAUCCCCUGCCACGCCCACCUUUCAUCCCCAGCCACGCCCACCUUCCAUUCCCCAGCCACGCCCACCUUCCAUUCCCUUGCCACGCCCACCUUUCAUUCCCCAGCCACGCCCACCUACCCUUCCCCAGCCAUGCCCACCUUCCAUUCCCCAGUCACGCCCACCUUCCAUUCCCCAGCCACGCCCACCCUCCAUUCCCUAGCCACGCCCACCUUCCAUUCCCCAGUCACGCCCACCUACCCUUCCCCAGCCACGCCCACCCUCCACUCCCAAGGAAACACAACGCACAGAAGAAACAUGUUCCAGGGACGCAAACUUAAAACUUUCAUUAGAGAGAGUUCUGAAGAUAAGGCUGUGCUUUCAUUUUGA